AUGCUUACAGCUACGACUGUGGCCAUCGCCCUUGCUCUGGUGGUUAUGUUCUAUUUUGGGUACAUAUCGGCCUUUCCGCGCCCGCUGCCCGGGAUUCCCUACAAUGCGGUCUCUGUUAACAGGUUCCUCGGAGACAUCCCGGACAUGCUCACGCAAGUAUCCAAGACGGGCGAUGUUGUGGCAUGGCUGCGCGACCAGAACAUCAAGUCCGAGUCCGUCAUUAGCCAGAUCUUCAUCCGACCCAUGGGCAAGCCUGUUUUGUUAGUGAGCGACUAUGAAGAGUGCCGCGAUGUAAUGCUCAACCGCAUCAAGGAUUUUGAUCGCACCAGCUUGACGGCCGAGAUGUUCAGUGGGCUGCUGAACAGGCAGCAGUUCACACUGAAGACGGGCCCAGAGUGGAAGUUCCACCGCCGCCUGGUCCAGGACACCAUGACACCAGCCUUCCUGAGAGAAGUGGCCGCUCCCAGCAUCUAUGCCAGCAGCCAACGCUUCGUGGAGCUGUGGCAGAUUAAGGAAAGGCUGGCAGCUGGCCGGCCGUUCUCUGCCACCGAUGACAUCUUCCACUUGACCCUCGACGCCGUUCUGGCAUUUUCUUUUGGGCCCAAGUUUCCCCACAAUGCCACGAAGCCGCAGAUUCAGAGGCUGGAGGAUGUCCUGAUUACAACGUCUCAUUCGAAUGAACAGGAAGCAGAGAAAGACCAGGCCGUCGACUUCCCUCACGCAGAGAUCAAUCAGGCCAUCGAGUCGAUGCUUGAGUUGGGGGAUGCCAUGGAGCAGGUGAAGAGUGCACCAUCGCCUCGCAUGAAAUGGUGGUACGUCAAAGUAACACCAAAGUUCAAACGCCGGAUGAGGAUAAAAGACAGCUGUAUACGACGGGAGAUCGAAAAGGCCGUCGAGGCACGCCGGCAGAGCCAACAUUCGAACAGCGGUCGGGCAUGGGAGCAGUCUGCUGUGGACCGCAUUGUGGACAGGGAGGAAAGCCACGCUCAGAAGGAGAGACGGAAGCCCAACUUUUUCUCAACAGCCGUCAUGGACGAGGUUUUUGGGUUCAUCAUCGCUGGCCACGAUACCAUGAGCACAACGAUGUGCUGGGGUGUUAAGCUCCUUGCUGAUCAUCCUGAGUCGCAGUCACGGCUUCGGCGAGCUCUCUUCGCAGCCUUCAGCUCUGCUGCAGCUGAGAAACGCGCUCCAACAGUUGAGGAAAUCAUGCAGACUUCGGUACCUCUGCUGGAAGCCACAAUGGAAGAGAUCCUACGCUGCGGCGGGACCGUGCCUAUCAUGGAUCGCGAGGCGACCAAAGAUACAACGUUGCUGGGGCACAGGGUCCCUAAAGGCACGCUCGUAUUCUUCCUGCAGAAUAGCCAUAGUAUGCUCUCGCCGGCGCUCGACGUAGAUCAGAGCCGCCGCAGUCCGCGCUCGCGAGAGGCAAAGGAACGUGGAGAGACACGAAAUUGGGAUGAUGCGGAUAUCAAUCAGUUCAGGCCCGAGCGCUGGCUCAUUCCAGAACACAGCAACCACAGUGACGGUUGGAUAUUUGACUCCCGGGCUGGGCCCUGCAUCCCGUUUGGUCUCGGGGUUAGGGCAUGCUUUGGACGCAGGCUGGCGUAUGUCGAAUUUAGAAUCAUGCUCACAAUGAUUAUAUGGCAUUUUGAGCUGCUCAAGUGCCCCGACGCUAUGUCUGGCUAUGGAGGGUGCCUUGCCGUGGUGAACAAGCCGCGCCAGUGCUUCGUGCGUCUUCGGAAGGUUAUCAUAUAA